AUGCCGGAAGCUGAGGUGGACGUCCACCUCGACCUAUGCCUCUACGAGCAGACCGAGCGGGAGGAGGUCGCCGAGGCCCAGCGACAAAGGCAGCAGCCGCCCAGACGUGGCACCGCCGCUACCGCCACCCCCGAGCGCGGUGGUGGCGAAGCGACGCGACCGCGAGCUGCGAGCGACCGACGAGAGCCGCACAGCACGCAGCACUCGCCAUCGCCUUCCGUGCUGACACCCGCAGCGGGUGCUCCCUUCGCGCCGUCCUUCCCCGCCGUGCCCACGCACCAGCCUAUGGGCUCGGCGCCGGCGUUCCCUCUUCCGCUGCAGCCUCCGCCGGCGUCGCAGCAGCUGCGACAACAGCAAUCGCCACAGUCCGUGAGCGGUGGAGGCUACAUGGGCUUCCCCACCAUUCCUCCACUUCAGCCACAACUGCCGCUCUUUCCUCAGCAUUCGCAACCACAACCGCAGCAGCAACAGCAACAGCAGAGAACAGGCCAGCAGUCGCCUGUUCAGUUUCCCGCCGGCGCGGCACCGCCGCCGAUCUCCCUCGGGCGGCUUUCCGCCGGCGGCGGGCUUCCAGGUGCACCGCCUGGAUCGACCGCCGGCCCGUCGUCUGCCGCGCGGCAGCCGCAGCCCUACCAGCCGUUCUCCGUUCCUCCGACUACUGCCCAGAACACAGCCCAGCAGCACCGCUUCCCAGCUGCGUACUUCACAUCGCAGAGCCUGCCACACGCCCAGCCGGUGCAGUUCCAACAGCAGCAGCAGCAGCAACCGGUGCAGGCGCAGUACCCGGCGCAACAGUACUACGCCGUGCCGCAGCAGCUGACGCCGCAGUACCAGGCCUUCCUCCAGCGAUACCAGAACCUGCAGCAGAACCAGAACUUCUCCCAGUACCCGCAGAUCCUCCAGAAGACGCCGUCGCAGCAGAGCCUUCUGCGACCCGGCGCCGGCUUGCUGCCACAGGAGCCGCCCACCGCCGCGGCCGUAGAGCGAGAGAAGGAGAAGGCCCAGGCCGAGCGGCGGGUGCGCGAUCAGCAACAGCAGCAGAGGCAACAGCAGAAGGAGCGCGAGCCCGAGAAGCCCAUCUACUCGGAGUACUGCGAGGGGUGGCUCUUCGUGUGUGAGCGACCGUCGGUCCGGUUCCUCAAGUCCUGGGUCGUCUUGAAAGAAGCGGGCCUUCACCUGUCUGACGGGCCCAGCUCGCGGGCCCGGUUGGUCAUUCCGCUGACGAGAGUCAAGGCCUUUCUGGUCGACGCCCAGAAGAACACCGGCAAGAAGCAUUCGUUUGGUCUGCAGCUCAAGGAUGACAAGAUCUACUACUUUGCCGCGAGAGGCGCCGAAGAUCUGUUGCCCUGGCUGCAGAGCGUGCGCAAGGAGCUCCGACGCAUGGCGGAGACAUCGCCGUCGGCGGUGAAGGAGAUUGUGCCCACGGCGCCCGCCACGCCCGCGACUGCGCCAGACACAACGAAGCCCAAGGAACGCAGCAAGCGCGAGAAGAGGGAGAAGAAGUCGACGCCCGAGAAGUCGAAGGAAGGCAAACCGAAGGACCGCAAUGGUACCUUCUCGGGACUCUUCGCCAAGCUGAGCUCCAUGGCGGCAGGCUCGGGAGACGAUAAGGUGUACAAGUUGCUGGAUGAGGAGUUCCUCAAGCAGAUGAAAGAGGACGGGGCAGCCGAAGAGGACAAGUCGCCCACACAACAGCAGCUCGAUUCCCAGAAGGUGAUCAUUUUCAGUCACAUGAACAAAGUCUUCAGCCUCUACUCCCAUCCGUUGGGCAAGCUCGUGAUAGACUUCACGGACGAGUUCCUGCGUCACAAGGACCGCAUUCUUUCCGCCAGGCCCUCGACUGCCCUUGCCAAGAUCACGCAGGAGAUUCAGACGUUCUUGGAUCGCCUGAUCAUUACUGUGGAGCACUACUACGGCGGGGAGGUGGCGCAUGUGGAACAGUUCGUGCACACCGCGCGCCUGGCCGCGGAGCACUGCGUCUUCUCGUUGCUCUACGACAUCGUCUAUCCAGUCUACACCAAGCGGUACAUUGCCGAAGACCGCAAGUUCACGCAAAAGAUGGCCGAGUUCGCCGACAUCACCACCCCCGACCUGAUCGAUAACCCCAAGUUCUGGCUACUCGACGACAAGAAGGGCGGGGAGGGUCGAUCGGGCGGCGAGCCCUACCAGAAGGCGAUCAACAUGAUGACCGCCAUCACCGAGCUGGCCACGCCCGUCGCCAAGCUCAACUGUCUGGUCGAUACCAGCCGCAUCAUCUGCGGCUGCGUGAACGAGUACUGGGCCAAACGUGAUCCCACAGGACCAGAAAUCGCCGUGUACGCGUCUCGCUCUGCUGCUGCGCAUGUCGAGAAGAAGAAGGAGUGGAGCUCGGGGAUAUCGUGUGAUGAUCUGUUGCCGAUCCUCUUGUACGUGGUGAUCAAGAGCAAACUGGAGACGGUCCACACGGAGAGUAUGUACAUGCAGGAUUUCAUCGGUGAGCGCGAGCAAAUGCAAAUCGAAGGCUAUUCGCUGGCCACCUUCCAAGCGGCCUCUGCCGCCCUGCUCUGCCUCGAGCGCGAUUCGCUGCGCAAACCCGAGGAGGCGGUGGCACCCACCACUCGGCCCACGGGCGCGUCGUCGUCGGUGCCCUCAGGACCCGCCACGCCGGCCUCGCCCACCACCCCGCCCAACUCCUCAGCCACACAGCCAUCCGCUGAUGCGUCGUCCGCGCUCCCAACCUCCCCCGAGGCCUCGGUCGCACCACCGGCGGCCGGCGGGUCGCAGUCGCGCCUCCACCGCGCGAGACGGGCGUCAUGGAUCAGCUCGGUGCUGGCCCAGCAGGCCGCCAUUCCGUUGCAGCCCGACGGCUACAGCGGCGACGCCGCAACCGCCACUGCCGCCGGCGACGGCCAAGAAGAGGAGGAAGACGACGACUGGACGUUCUUCAAGUCGGGCGCCGCCGCCGCUGCAGCGGCAUCGCCGGCGUUGAUGCGGCGGCCCAGCAGCGCGGAGGACGAGGAGUUCAUCGACUCCUUCCGACCACCGACCUCCACCUCCACCAGCAGCGCCAGCGCCACCGGGACUGGUCUGCUCAUAGACUGGGGCAGCGACAGCGACACCAAACAAGAGAAAGAAGAUGGAGAAGGAGAAGAAGCGGCGGCUGAGGAGGGAGUGGAGGAGCUGGGAAGCGACGACCCGACGACCAGCGACGGAGAGGAGCCAAAGGAGGAGGGUGCCCACCCAGCAUCACGCGAAGAAGACGAGGCAGCAACGGGCCGCUGA